GCACAUCAUUAUGUCUAUUGUGCGCACAAUUUAUUCAAGCGCGUUUAUGAAAACUUUACAACCUUUCGCUAUAAGUGAUACAAAAUGGUAUAAUCAGCGACAUCAUGGUGGCUGGCAAUAUGCAUUGAAACGAAUGAACAUUAAUCAAAUGUGGAUUACCGAACUCCUAACAUCUAACCGAUCAUCAUUCAAAAUUUAUCGUCACAAUAGAUCAAGGUAUAAGAAAAGGAAACUUGUUGAAAUACUUUAUGCUGAGAAUUCUAUGUUGUACCAAAAAUAUGAUGUUGAAUAAAGCUUCUAAUAAUAAAUAAUCACAGAAUUAACGCAAUUGAAUCAAGAACUACGAUACAAGAACAAACAAAUGUAUUGUAUUUGGAAUUCGAAAUCGAGCAUUCAACAAGUACAAAAGAAUCAUUAGUUAAUUCAAACACCACAUCUAUUCACUUACUUCUGACAGUUGUUAUUCCGUAACUUUCAGUAUUGACUAUCAUUUACCAGAAAAUUAUGUUAUUGUUUUUUUAUUAGUCUUCUCUCAGAAUGUUUAUGUUAACACAUAAACAUUAAACUGUUAGGACAUUUUUGUAGUUUUCCCGUAUUUAUUACCAUUUUUUAAUAUGAUAUAAGGUAUAUAUAUAUUAUUCUCAAGUAA